AAUACGUCAAACUCGACCCAAGGAAGGGGAGCUCACGAACCCAAUCACCUAAUCCUCCCAUGAGUUUCCCAUGGCUACUCUCGGCUUUCUGACCAUACACAGAGAACAGCUCUGAAACACUAUCCAUUAUCUGCAUUCGAUCAUUCUCCAUGUCCUCUUUGCAGGUCUUAGGCGGAAUCUCCCGCGCCGGUCACGUUCUCGGUCCUUCGUUAGACAAGAUCAUCAAGAAUGUGGCCUGGCGGAAGCAUGCUCAAUUGGUUGCUGCCUGCAAAUCAGUACUUGACAAGCUCGAGACCAUCAAAGAUUCACCUGAUCCAAUACCCGACACUCCCAUCUUUGGAUUUAUUCCUGCAGAUGCUGAAUUCGUUCUGCAACCUUUAAUCCUUGCUAUUGAAUCGGCUUCCGUUAAGGUCAUCGAGCCUGCGCUGGAAUGCGUUGUUAAGCUGUUCUCUCAAGGCCUGAUCCGCGGUGAGAUCGAUCGUCCCGAGAGUAAUGACAAUCCCUCUGUUUUGUAUCGGUUGAUUGAUUCCAUUUUCAAAUGUGCCGUUGUCGGUGAAGAUGGGAUUGAACUUGCCGUGCUGAGGGCCUUGUGUACUGCUGUCCGGUCUCCUUGCGUAUUGAUCCGAGGCGGUUGUUUGAUUCAGAUUGUUAAGAUUUGCUACAAUGUGUAUGUUGGCAGCAUGAGCAACACUAACCAGAUCUGUGCCAAGGUAGUUCUCGCGCAGAUUUUGAUGAUCGUUAAUGCCAGGGUCGAGGAGGAUUCGAUGGACGCUAAGAUUCGUGCUGUUACUGUUGGUGGAUUACUAGAAGUGUCCGAUAAGAGCCUGAAUGAUUGGAGUUUGAUUCAGUCUGUUCAGACCUUCAUUGAAGACAUCGUCGAAAGUAGCCAAGGGGUCUCAGAUUUGAAACUGUCCAUCUCUCCGUCGCUUAAAUUGCGAAAUGGUCAUGUUUCAGGGUCUACCGAGGAGGGGAAAGGUGAAUUUGGUGAUGGAGAGUCAGUUGAUCGGGAAGGAUCGAGUUGUGGAAGUAAGAUCCGAGAAGACGGAUUUCUUCUAUUCAAAAACUUGUGCAAGUUCUCGUUGAAGUUUCCAACGCAGGAGAAUCCUGAGGACCAAGUUCUAUUGAGGGGGAAAGUUUUGUCCUUGGAACUGCUAAAGGUUGCAAUGGAUCACGCCAGUUCAUUUUGGCGAACAGACGAGAGGUUUCUCAGUGCUAUCAAGCAGUACCUCUGCCUAUCACUGUUGAAGAAUAGUACGUUGUCAGUCAUGACUGUUUUCCAGCUUCUAUGUUCUAUCUUCAUGAGCUUGUUAUCAAAGUUCAGAUCAGAAUUGAAGGCAGAAAUAGGGAUAUUCUUUCCCAUGCUUGUCCUCCGAGUGCUUGAAAAUGUGCUCCAGCCUAGUUUUAUGCAGAAAAUGACAGUUCUCAACUUGCUAGAGAGGAUUUCUCAGGAUUCACAGAUCAUCAUUGACAUUUUUGUGAACUACGACUGUGAUGUGGAUGCACCAAAUAUUUUUGAAAGGACUGUCAAUGGCCUUGUCAAGACUGCUUUAGGUCCGCCCCUCGGUUCCACUACAACUUUGACUCCAGCCCAGGAUAUGGCAUUCCGGGUUGAAUCUAUCAAGUGCUUGACUGGAAUCAUCAAGUCAAUGGGUGCUUGGAUGGACCAACAGCUGCGAGAUACUGAUUUGUCUCUGUUGAAAAGUCCUGAAAGUGAUGCAUCAACUGAGAAUCACAGCAUGCUUAAUGGAGAGGAAGGAGCUGCUGUUGACUGUGAACUGGAAACAAGUUCUGAAUUGUCAGAAGCUGCAUCACUUGAGCAACGCCGAGCUUUUAAGAUAGAAUUUCAGAAAGGGAUAUCCCUGUUUAAUAGGAAACCUUCCAAGGGCAUUGAGUUUCUAAUGAGGGCCAAAAUGAUUGGCGGUUCUCCAGAAGAAGUUGCUUCAUUCCUGAAAAACACCACUGGCCUGAAUGAGACCAUGAUUGGAGACUACUUGGGUGAAAGGGAGGAAUUCCCUUUGAAAGUUAUGCAUGCAUAUGUGGAUUCUUUUAAUUUUGAAGGAAAGGAUUUUGGUGAAGCUAUUCGGUUUUUCUUAAGGGGCUUCAGGUUGCCUGGAGAGGCACAGAAGAUUGACCGCAUAAUGGAAAAGUUUGCUGAACGUUACUGUAAAUGCAAUCCAAAUUCUUUUACAAGUGCAGAUACAGCUUAUGUUCUUGCUUAUUCCGUGAUAAUGCUCAACACUGAUGCCCAUAAUAGCAUGGUGAAAGACAAGAUGUUGAAGACUGAUUUUAUCCGCAAUAAUCGUGGGAUAGAUGAUGGAAAAGACUUACCGGAAGAGUAUCUUGGGGCUCUAUAUGAUCAAAUUGUGAAAAAUGAAAUAAAGAUGAGUGCUGAUUGUUCUGCACCACAGAACAAGCAGGCAAACAGCUUCAAUAAGUUGUUGGGCCUGGAUGGCUUAUUUAAUUUAAUCAACUGGAAGCAGACUGAAGAGAAACCCUUAAGUGCAAAUGGAGCUCUCAUAAAGCACAUCCAAGAGCAGAUUAAAGCAAAGUCAGGCAAAUCUGAAUCUGUUUAUUAUGUUGUCACGGAUACAGCAAUACUGAGGUUUAUGGUGGAGGUCUGCUGGGCUCCAAUGUUUGCUGCAUUCAGUGUGACUCUUGACCAGAGUGAUGAUAAGACUGCCACAUUUCAAUCUUUACAAGGCUUCCGACAUGCUGUGCAUGUCACUGCAGUGAUGGGCAUGCAGACACAGAGAGAUGCUUUUGUUACAUCUAUGGCCAAGUUUACUUUUCUCCAUUGUGCUGCAGACAUGAAGCAAAAGAAUGUUGAUGCUAUGAAGGCCAUAAUAUCAAUCGCCAUUGAAGAUGGUAAUUAUCUUCAGGAAGCCUGGGAGCACAUAUUAACAUGCCUCUCCCGAUUUGAACAACUACAUCUCUUGGGAGAGGGUGCACCACCUGAUGCAUCAUUUUUCGUGGUAUCUCUGUCUGAAACAGAAGAAAAGACACAUAAGUCUUCCGGUUUUCCUUCUUUAAAGAAGAAAGGAAAUGCUCUUCAGAAUCCGGCUGUAAUGGCUGUUGUUCGAGGGGGUUCUUAUGAUAGUACUACUCUUGGAAUUAAAGCCUCAGCGCUGGUAACUCCGGACCAGAUUAAUCAAUUUAUUUCCAACUUGAAUCUACUUGACCAGAUCGGAAAUUUUGAGCUGAACCAUAUAUUUGCCCAUAGCCAAAGGUUGAACAGUGAAGCAAUCGUAACUUUUGUGAAGACCCUCUGUAAAGUUUCUAUGGCAGAAUUGCAGUCUCCAACAGAUCCUCGCGUUUUCAGCCUUACCAAAAUAGUUGAAAUUGCGCAUUAUAAUAUGAAUCGCAUUAGAUUGGUCUGGUCUCGCAUAUGGAGCGUGCUUUCAGAUUUCUUUGUAGCAGUUGGGUUGUCAGAAAAUCUUUCAGUUGCAAUAUUUGUGAUGGAUUCCUUAAGACAGCUAGCUAUGAAGUUCCUAGAGCGUGAGGAGCUGGCAAAUUACAAUUUUCAGAAUGAAUUUCUUAGGCCUUUCGUGAUUGUCAUGCAGAAAAGCAACUCUGCGGAAAUUAGGGAAUUAAUAGUUCGGUGUGUCACACAGAUGGUCCUCAGCCGCGUCAGUAAUGUGAAAUCUGGCUGGAAAAUUGUUUUUACGGUUUUUACCACUGCUGCAGCAGAUGAACGCAAGAAUAUUGUCCUAUUGGCGUUUGAGACCAUGGAGAAAAUAGUCAGAGAAUAUUUCCCUUACAUAACUGAGACAGAGACUACAACCUUCACUUACUGUGUGAAGUGUCUUAUAACCUUCACAAAUAGUAGAUUUAAUAGUGAUGUCAGCCUCAAUGCCAUUGCAUUUCUCCGAUUUUGUGCUGUUAAGCUUGCAGAUGGUGGACUAAUUUGUUAUGAUAAGAGCGAGGAAGGUGAUUCAUCUAUUCCAAUUGUGGAUGAAGAUGAUUCAUCUGGACAUCCCUUCACAGAUGAAGAUGAUCAUGUCUCCUUUUGGGUUCCUUUGCUCACAGGGUUGUCCAAGCUAACAUCUGAUCCCAGACAAACUAUCAGGAGGAGCGCUCUGGAAGUUCUCUUUAAUAUUCUAAAGGAUCAUGGACACACAUUCUCACAGCCCUUUUGGCUCGGUGUUUUCAGAUCUGUCAUUCUUCCCAUAUUCAGUAACUCCAAAGGGAAAGGAGAAACAAAUAACAUUCAUGAUGGCAGGUUUUCAUCAGAUUCUAAAUCCCCACAACCUGUGGAAAGUCCAUCGAAUUCGGAAAUUCUUACUGAGGCAGCUCAGUAUUUAGUGGAUCUGUUUGUUAGUUUCUUUGAUUCGGUGCGUUCUCAGCUGCCAAGUGUUGUAUCAGUACUCACAGGGUUCAUUAGCAGUCCUGUUCAGAGUCCUGCUAGCACUGGUGUAGCUGCGCUCCAACGUUUGGCAGGUGACUUGGGUGACAGACUUUCUGACGAGGAAUGGGGAGAAAUAUUUAUGCGCUUGAAAGAAGCAGCUGCAUAUACUCUGCCUGAAAUUUUAAGGGUUCUCAAAACCAUGGACGACAUCGAGGUGUCUGAUGAUUCACAAACUCAUACAGAUAUGGAGUUAUUUUCUGACCAUGAAAUUAUCAAUGAUGAUCUUGAGGAUGAUAGUCUGCAAAUUGCCUCGUAUGUCCUUUCUAGAGUGAAGGGUCAUAUAGCUGUUCAAUUACUCAUAAUACAGGUCAUAACUGAGCUUUAUAAGGCACACCAUCAAUUGUUAGCAGCAGCCAACAUCACAGUCCUUCUGGAGAUAUUUUCAUCUGUUACUUCUCAUGCUCACAAACUUAACUCUGAAACCAUCCUACAGGUGAAGCUGAGGAAAGUAUGCUCAAUCUUGGAGAUUUCUGACCCUCCAAUAGUUCAUUUUGAAAAUGAGUCAUACCAGAGCUACCUCAAUUUUUUGCAUAGUAUACUCACAGACAACCCAUCUCUCUAUGAAAGGAUGAACAUAGAACCCCAACUUGUGGCAGUAUGUGAAGAAAUAUUGCAAAAAUACUUGAAUUGUUCAGGUUGUCAGUCCAAACAGACACCGGGUAACCAACCGGUGCCAUGCUGGAGACUUCCAUUGGGUUCAGCAAAGAAGGAAGAAUUGGCUGCUCGAACUCCAUUGACUGUACUAGCGUUGCAGGUAUUGAGUGGUUUGGAAAGGGAUUCUUUUCGAAGAUGUGUGACGCAUUUCUUUCCUUUGUUAGUAGAUUUAGUGCAAAGUGAACACAGCUCCGGAGAAGUGCUGCAUGUUCUAAGCCAUAUGUUCCAAUCAUGUAUAGGACCAAUAAUAAUGGGCUUGUGAUAUAUAUAUGUAUAAUUCAAUUAUUUCUUGCAUAUUCAUUAAAGUUAAAAAUUUCUUUACCUGUUUUUUAUCAUUUCAAUCGGCUGUAGCAUAGGCCAUCAUGUUUUAUUUUACUUUUGUAGAAUAUACAGAGACUGGGCCUUACUUUUUGAUUGUACAGGAAAUUAAGUUCAUAUGUACUGAAGGUUUCUUCAUCUUGGGAAAUCACUA